AUGACAGUGGUCCCACGAAACUUUCGCUUGCUUGAGGAGCUCGAGAAGGGCGAAAAAGGAUUCGGGAAUGGAUCGUGUUCGUACGGUCUAGCUGAAAAUGACGAUAUUCUGAUGUCGACAUGGAAUGGCACGAUUCUAGGCCCUGCCAACUCUGAGUUUGAAAAUCGCAUUUACUCGUUGCGUUUGGUGUGUGGCGAUUCGUACCCACUUGUGCCACCGGAUAUUUGGUUCCUUACGAAGAUCAACUUGCCAUGCGUGGAUCAGAACGAUGGCAAGGUCAUGCCUCUUCAAUUUGCUCCGCUCGCCAACUGGCGCAGUGAAUACACCAUGGAAAACCUGCUGAGUGAACUUCGUCGGACGAUGGCGCAGCCAUUGAACCGUAAGCUGCCACAGCCACCGGAAGGAGCUACGUAUGCCUAA